AUGUCCGGCCUUGACGCGCCCGAGAUCGCCGCGGCUUACGAUGCUGUCCGCUCCGACAAGGACGAGACCAAUUGGCUUCUCAUCUCGUAUGCCAGCGCUGUCGGCAACAAGCUGACCCUCACCAAGACGGGCACCGGCGGCAUCGCCGAGCUGGCCAAGGAGCUCGACGACUCUCAGGUCCAAUACGCCUACGUGCGCGUCGAGUACGCCAACGACGCCGAGAGCAAGCGCGUCAAAUUCGCCUUCGUCAUCUGGAUCGGCGAGUCCACAAAGAUCAUGCGCAAGGCCCGCGUCAGUAUCGAGAGCAGCGAGGUCAAGAGGGUCCUGCCCCACCACAGCAUCACCGUCAACGCCAGCGACAAGGCCGACCUCGACGAAGACGACAUCAUCAAGCGGUUACGCAAGGCCGGUGGCGCCGACUACAACGGCGGCCGCGGCUAG